CCCGGAAGUGGCUUCCCCAUGGCGGCGAUCCCUCCGGACUCCUGGCAGCCGCCCAAUGUGUACCUGGAGACCAGCAUGGGUCUCAUUGUGCUGGAGCUGUACUGGAAGCACGCGUCAAAGACUUGCAAGAACUUCGCAGAGUUGGCUCGGCGGGGUUACUACAAUGGCACCAAGUUCCACAGAAUCAUCAAAGACUUCAUGAUUCAGGGAGGUGACCCAACAGGGACAGGUCGAGGUGGUGCAUCUAUCUAUGGCAAGCAGUUUGAAGAUGAACUUCAUCCGGACUUGAAAUUCACAGGGGCUGGAAUUCUCGCAAUGGCCAAUGCAGGUCCUGACACCAAUGGCAGCCAGUUCUUUGUAACUUUAGCUCCCACCCAGUGGCUUGAUGGCAAACACACCAUCUUUGGCCGAGUGUCCCAAGGUAUAGGAAUGGUGAAUCGAAUAGGAAUGGUGGAAACAAACUCCCAAGACCGCCCUGUGGAUGAUGUAAAGAUCAUCAAGGCAUACCCUUCUGGGUAGACUUGCUGCUCUCCUGGCCUAGCCAGACCAUCUGAGAUGGCCUCAACAAAUCUGCUUCCUGAUGACUGAGAAUAAACAUAACUCUAAACUUCAUUUUGGCCUUGCAAUCAUGGAGCUAAGGAGACCUGGGAUCUUGGGCGUGUUAGGGAUAGGAUCGUGGAUCAGUAGGGUGCCUCUUCUCUCUCCACCCAUGUACAAGAUGGCAGAACACUGCAGAAGUGCCCACACGUGGUCAGGUCACUGCUCCUUCUGUGCAUGCCUGUUGUGAGACGGGUGGAAACGAUGAAGCGGGCUGUUACUGCACAGUGCCUAACCUAACGACUUCCUGUGGAGAUUUAUAUUCUGGCUUACACUGCAGUCUUUGGUGGCUGACAGCCACAGAAUUCAAAACCAGUAGUGUCUGUCAGCCUUCCUAACUCUGGCACACCCUAUUUCAGUCUCCUACAUUUGUUCUUCCAGGGAAUGUACGCAUCUCUCUACAUAUUUUCCCUCUCCAAACCAGAACAUCCACACUGCUGUUUCUGACACUUAGACAUCCCACGCAAAGCCAUGUUGAAUUUUUGCCAAAUAAGAACUGCAUCCAACAAUCAAGUUUCUAAGAAGGUGUCAAGUGGGAAAUGAUAAUGUGUAAUAAUCGAGAAGUGAAUUUAUUAAAAGUAAGCAGAA